AUGGCGGAUUCUACGGCGGAUGCGACGACGGAAACCGCGGAUGCUCUGAAGAAGAUGUUAAAGAAGCUUCUGACGGAGAUUUUCGAAGCCGGAGAUGGAAGCAAAGAUUCUGACGGAAGUUUUGGAGUUUCGAAAGCGAUCGAUGAGGCUAUUAGAGUCCUGACUCGCCUGAGGAAAGUAGGAUCGAAGAAUCCAGAAACUGUUAACCCUUCGUCUUCUCUGUCUCCGUCGGCUUCGGUGGAAGUGCCAAAAGAGUUUAAAUGUACACUCUCGAAUAAAAUCAUGAUCGAACCUGUAAUCAUUGCUUCUGGGGAGACUUAUGAAAAAAGAUACAUCACAGAGUGGUUGAAGCAUCAUAGUACAUGUCCCAAAACCAAAGAAGUACUCUCUCACUCUCUGUGGACACCGAACAAUUUGGUCGAUGAUUUGAUUACGCUAUGGUGUCGAGCCAACAGAUUUGAUCGGCCAAAACCAUCCACUGAUGUAGCCAUUGAACUGUUUACUAAUGACAUAGAGUCAUUGCUUCAGCGGAUUUACUCUCCCUCCUCGGUUGCAGAUCAGACAGAAGCUGCAGAAGAGCUACGUCUCCGGACCAAGAAAUUUGCCAAUGUUCGGGUCUUCUUUGUUGCUCAACUCACUGAUUCGAUCACACGGUUAAUCAGACCGCUCUCUGAUUUGGGCGAUGCGGUAGACGAGAAUCCCGAGCUUCAAGAGAAUAUCGUCACGACUUUGUUCAACAUAUCGGCUUUUGAGAAGAAUAAAACAGUAAUUGCUGAAAACCCUCUUGUGAUCCCACUGCUUACAAAGUCUCUAAAGCAGGGGACGGCUGACACACGAAGAAACUCUGCAGCGACUUUAUUGUCGCUUUCAGUCAUCGAUUCAAACAAGACCAUCAUCGCAAAAUCAGAAGCACUCAAGGCUCUGGUAGUUCUUAUUGAAGAGGGUGAUUUCCUAGCAACCAGGGAGGCUGCUUCCGCUGUUUUCAACAUCUGUAUCGUAUUGGAGAACAGGGAAAAGGCGAUUUUAGCGGGUUUGGUUCCGGUGCUAACCAAUAAGAUCAAAGCAGGAUGCAAUGUGGAUGACUUGCUAGCUCUCUUGGCAUUGAUUUCUUCACACAACCAGGCUAUUGCGGAAAUGGAGAAUCUAGGGUUUAUCUAUGAUCUGUUUAGAAUCUUGAGGAAACCGAGUUGCUCAACGACUGGUGAGAACGCGGUGGUGAUCGUCUUCAACAUGUGUGAAAGAAACAGAGGCAGUUCUCAAUUGAAAGUGGUCGGAGAAGAGGAGAAUCAAUACGGGACAUUUACAAAGCUUGCGAGGCAAGGAUCAGAUCGUACGGUGAGAAAAGCCGAAGCGAUUUUACAGAGGAUUAGGAGAUUCACUACUGGUAAAGAGCCACAGAGGUAA